AUGUUUGGGUUUGGAAUCCGUCAAUUGCGAGGGUAUGCCUCUAAGACAGAUUUGUCCAAAAUACGAAAUAUUGGUAUUAUUGCACAUAUCGAUGCUGGUAAGACUACCACUACAGAACGUAUGUUGUAUUAUUCUGGUAAAACUAAUAGAAUAGGUAAUGUAGAUCAAGGGGAUACUGUUACUGAUUACUUGCCUCAGGAGCGGAGUAGAGGGAUCACUAUUCAAAGUGCAGCAAUUUCAUUCAAUUGGCAAAACGAUCAUAGGAUUAAUUUAAUUGAUACUCCUGGGCAUGUAGAUUUUACUUUUGAAGUAAUUAAAUCUUUAAAAGUGCUGGAUGGUUGUGUUACUAUUUUAGAUGCAGUUGCUGGUGUGGAAGCACAGACAGAAAAAGUUUGGAAACAAUCUUAUGGUAUCCCAAAGAUCUGUUAUAUAAAUAAGAUGGAUAGAGUAGGCUCUGGAUAUAGUAGAACUGUAAAAGAACUGAUGAUUAAAAUGAAUCAGCGAGUUGUUCUGGCAAAUAUGCCUCUAUUCAAGUUGGAUCCGGUAACAAAUGAACAAGUAUUUGAGGGUGUGCUUGAUGUAGUUAAUAUGAAAGCUCUGAGAUGGGACUCUACUGACGUAAAUAAGGUCGACAUCGCUGACAUUGAUAAGUUUGAUUCUAGCUUACUGGAUGAACUAACGAAGGCCAGAGAAGCAAUGGUAGAAACCUUAAGUGAAUUUGAUGAAAAUUUGGUAGAACAUUUCUUGGAGGAUGCUGAAGGUGAUUACUUAAAGGUCUCCCCAACUAUUUUGAACAGUUCAAUUCGUAAGAGUACCUUAUCACAAGAUAUUACACCUAUUCUAUGUGGUUCCUCGUUUAGAAAUAUCGGUGUUCAACCUUUAUUGGAUGCAGUAGUCAAUUACUUGCCGUCACCAUUGGAAGCCAAGUUUCCAGAGUUGAACGAAGAUAUUCCUAUUAGUUAUGAUAAAAGAAAAGGGCUUUUAUUUGAUAAUAAUUCUGAAAUUUGUGUCGCAUUUGCCUUUAAAGUUAUAACCGAUGAGAUAAGAGGACAAUUGGUCUUUGUUAGGGUUUAUAGCGGUACUUUAAAAAAUGGACAUUCUGUUUAUAAUUCCACGAAUGGAAAAACUUUCAAAAUCAAUAAACCUGUAAUUAUGCAUGCGAAUAAAACAGAAGAUGUUCAAUCAUUGUCAGCAGGUGAAAUUGGUGUUUUAACUGGAAGCACAGUUUUUGGAAGGAUCGAAACAGGUGAUACAUUAAUAAGUCAUUCUAUGGUAAAGGAUGGUUUGAAAUCGAUUGAAAGAAAGGGAAAUUUAAAUUUGAAAAUAAAUCCUAUUAUAAUUCCUCCUCCAGUUUUUAGUGUUUAUAUUGAACCCAAGACACUUGGGAAUCGUAAGGCAAUGGAAGCGGCUCUGAAAAUUUUGGUAACAGAAGACCCGAGUCUCCAUGUUUCUCAAGAUGAGGAAACUAGCCAAACCUUGCUAAGUGGAAUGGGUGAGUUACACUUGGAAAUUGCAAGAGAUAAGCUAUUGAACGAUCUAAAGGCAGAAGUAGGAAUCGGCAAAUUAAUGAUUUCAUACAAAGAAACAAUUAAUAGUACAACUAAUCCUGUAAUAUACCAAGAUGAUAUUGGAUACAAGUUCACAAUUCAAAUAGAGCCAUUAGAAGGUGAAGAAGUUAGAGUAGACAAGGAUACUGCAACCGAGGCAUGGUAUCCCUUAGGUGUGGACAACAAUUAUUUAAUAUUUGAGAAAAGCAAUAAACCAGGUCUUGGAGCGGUUUGGAAACACCAGAUUCCAUACGAUGUGGUCAUUAAUACGAUCAAAUCAAGUUGUUUAGCAUCAUUUCAGAGGGGAGGUAAAAUAGGUGGUUAUGCACUUCAUUCUUGUGCGGUAAGAAUAAAAGGUGAUUUUGAAGUCCCAUAUGAUGCAACAUCAUCGAAUGAAAUUCUAAAUAUAACAAGAAAAUUAAUAAUUAAAAGCUUACAAGCCCUUCAUGAAAGUUCAUAUUCCCUGUUAGAACCGAUUAUGGAUGUUGAAAUUGUUGUUAACCAGAAGUUUAUGGGUGAAGUCAUCCAAGAUUUAACAGGGCAUCAUAAAGCAAAUAUAUUAUCAAUUGAAGACGAGCAUGGAUUGGAUUAUAACAAUGAAAGAUCGACUUUAAACUUCAAAGAUAUUGUUGAUAGUCAAUAUUUACCACCUGAUAUCACAUUAAAUUUGGCAAAACUAGAUAAUGGGGGAGAUAGAUGUAAGGUUAUAAAGGCGGAAGCUCCAUUAAAGGAAAUGGUUUCAUAUUCUAACAAGUUACGUAGUUUGACUGAAGGUAGAGGAAUGGUUUAUAUGAAUUAUCAUGGUAUGAAGAAAGUUACACCUGAAAGAUUGGAUGACGUUUUACAAGGGUAA